AUGCAAAUUCUUUCUCUAAAUUUUUUUAUGUAUACUAUUAGCGGUAUAUGGCGACCUAUCGAGUGGUCAUCAAAUAUCGCAAAAUUGUUGUAUAAUGUAUUUACUUUUAUUGUACUAGUCUUAGAAUACUUUUUAAUGUUAACCCAAUUCAUGGACAUCGUUCUUGUUGUCAAUAAUAUCGACGAUUUCGUUGCCAAUUCUCUAAUGUUCAUAACUAUAAUUGCUGCUUGUUGUAAAGCGACUAUUGUCGUAAUACGUCGAAAUGCAAUUGUCAAUUUAGUACAAAUGUUAUUGAAGGAACCGUGUAAACCACGAGACAAAGAUGAAGUGGCGAUACAAACGCAAUUCGACGAGUUUAUCAGGUAAAAGUAAUUAUUAUCUGAAUGAUUUAAACGAUUUGUCUGCAGGUCAUACUCAAUGAAAUAUUUUAUUUUGGUGAUGAGUUCUCUUACAAGUGUAACAAUAAGAUCAGUGCUGCAAGUUAUGGAAAAUCAUCUACCUUACAGAAUAUGGAUGCCAUAUACAAAUUACAAUAAACCUUCAACAUUCUGGAUUAUAUCUAUUCAACAGAUUAUAUCUGUGAUUUUCGCCGCAUUUAUAAGUGUCGGCACGGAAACCUUAGUUUUUGGAUUAAUUUUACAAACGUGCGCACAGUUUGAAAUUUUCGAAACUCGUCUUCGCAAAUUAUUAGCUAACAAAACAACUAAAUGUCUCGGAUACUCGUCUGCUCCGUCAGAUAAAAAAAGAAUAAUAAUAUCGGAAUACAUACAUCAUCAUCUCAGCAUUUAUAAAUAUGCCAAGACGGUAAAUAUUAUAUUCAAUCAAAUACUCUUUGUCCAAUUCUUUUGCAGUAUAAUAGUAUUAUGUACAACUGUAUAUUAUUUGUCAGAACAUAUUACGGAAUCCGAAAGUGCUACUUUGGUAAUUUAUACCUUUGGAAUGUUUGUACAAAUUUACAUUUAUUGCUGGUCUGGAAACGAAGUCAUACUUAAAAGUCAAAAUGUAGGAGAUGCGAUAUAUCAUAUGGACUGGCCUCUGCUAUCAAUCAGUGAAAAGAAAGAUGUGCUGAUGAUUAUGAUACGCAGUACAAUCCCUGUAAAGUUUACUAGCAGUUUCUUGAUAACUUUAUCUCUCCAAUCUUACAGCAGUGUUAGUAUUUCUGUUGUUCACAUUUAA